AUGCAACUCCAACAGAGCUACUACAUCGGCGUGGACGUGGGCACGGGCAGUGCACGCGCUUGUGUCAUCGACCACACUGGAGAGAUCGUCGGAUUGGCGUCCGAAGACAUUGCUCUCUGGCAUUAUGGACAGGUGUACUAUGAACAAUCCACCACGGACAUCUGGCGCUGCAUUGGCUUAGCAGUACGUCGUGCGCUCGCCGAGAAGAAAAUCGACCCAUCGCACGUCCGUGGCAUUGGCUUUGAUGCGACUUGCUCUCUCGCUGCCUUCUCCACCGAUACCAAUGAGCCAGUGUCUGUUACUGGACCCGAGUUUCAUAGUGAGCGAAAUGUAAUCUUGUGGCUGGAUCACAGAGCAGAAAGCGAAACAGACAAGAUCAAUGCAACUGGACACAAGGUAUUGAGCUAUGUGGGAGGGAAAAUGUCGAUUGAGAUGGAGAUCCCCAAGAUCCUGUGGCUGAAAAAUAAUAUGCCGGCCGAGACAUUCGCAAAGUACAAGUUCUAUGACUUGGCGGAUGCUCUCACUCAUAUUGCGACUGGCAGUGAGACGAGGAGCUUAUGCAGCCUCGUCUGCAAGCAGGGCUAUCUGCCGAAAGAUCCUGAGAACAGCGCGGCCGGUGGAUGGGCGGAGGACUUCUUCGAGGCCAUUGGACUGGGUGAUUUCAAAGAGAACAGUUUCACUACAAUCGGAGGGAAACAUGGCCUGAAUGGUCAACAUCUUCAUGCAGGAGAGCUCGCCGGCUAUCUAUCGGAGAAAGCAGCGAAGGAACUAGGUCUGCCAGUCGGCAUUCCCAUUGGCAGUGGUGUUAUCGACGCCUAUGCCGGCUGGAUAGGCACGGUCGGGGCCAAGGUUGAUCUCCCCAGCAAUCCCAGUGACAAGAGACAAGAGCUCUUUACCAGACUCGCUGCGGUAGCAGGAACCUCCACCUGCCACCUCGUCAUGUCGCCGAACCCUGUGUUCGUGCCUGGAGUUUGGGGACCGUAUCGAGAUGUUUUACUGCCCGAUUGCUGGAUGGCCGAAGGAGGGCAAUCUGCAACGGGCCAGCUGCUGAAACAUGUCAUUGAAACUCACCCAGCAUAUAAUCAGGCGAAGGACUUGGCCGAAGUGAAGAAGACCAACAUUUUCACGUUUCUGAACGAGCAUCUCAGGGAGAUGGCUGAGAAAAACAACGCCCCCUGUGUUGCAUACCUCGCACGCCAUUUCUUCUAUUACGGCGACCUUUGGGGCAAUCGAUCGCCCAUGGCUGAUCCAAAGAUGACAGGUUCUAUCAUCGGCUUGACAAGCGAUACAUCAAUCAACAGUCUCUCCAUCCUCUACUACAGCACGCUGGAAUUCAUCGCGUUGCAGACCCGACAAAUCAUUGAGAGUAUGAAUCAGUCCGGUCACCACAUUACCUCCAUUUUUAUGUCGGGGUCUCAAUGCCAGAAUGACAUCCUAGUCAACUUGAUUGCCUCUGCCUGUGACAUGACUGUGGUAGUUCCGUUUUAUGUGAAUGCAGCCGUGUGCCACGGCGCCGCGAUGCUGGGUGCUAAGGCUGCUACCGCGGAUGCGAAAGGAAACACGGCUGAUCUGCAAGAGAUUAUGGAGAAGAUGAGCAAGCCAGGCAGAUGUUUCCUUCCGACUGAGGAUGAGAGUGAGAAGAGUUUGCUGCGGGCGAAAUACCAGGUCUUCCUCGAUCAAUGUCAAAAACAGAGAGAGUACCGGGCGUUGGUCGACCAGGCCCUGGCACAGUGA